AUGGGCGCGACCAGCUCCAAGGGUCCAAAGAUCACCCCGCACGAUCGCGCUGUUUUGGAUCUGAAGCUCCAACGUGACCGCAUCAAGCAGUACCAGAAGAAGAUCCAAGUCAUCCUCGACCGCGAGCACGAGAUCGCACGACAAUGCCUCGCAAAGGGCGACAAGACGAAAGCGCUGACGGCACUACGAAGGAGAAAGUACCAGGAGAGCUUGAUACAGAAGACUGACUCGCAGCUUGAAACGCUCGAAGGCCUUGUGUCGUCAAUCGAGUUCUCCCAAAUCCAACAAAGUGUCAUGCUCGGCCUGCAACAAGGUAACGCAGUGCUCAAGGAGAUCCACAAGGAGAUGAACCCCGAGUCGGUCGAGAGGCUGAUGGAGGAGACCGCCGAGGCACAGGCCUACCAACGUGAGAUCGACGAGAUGCUGGCAUCACAAAUGACCGCCGAAGAGGAAGACGCCGUCCAAUCCGAGCUCGAGGCUCUCGAGCGCGAAGCCGGCAUCCGCACCGACGAGCCGCAGCAAACCAUCUCGUUGCCAUCAGCACCACAGACCGAGCCAAUCGCACAAGAACCCGUAACGCAGCCCGAACGACAGCCAGCAAAGGCGCAACCGGCGGAGGAGAGGCAAGCAGUUCUUGCUUGA